AUGGACAUCGUUCUCACGGUUGAUGAGUACAAAUUUGUGCUCACUACUCCACGGGCCCCAGUGCCGGCGGCUAACACCGCGCAGGCAGUGCGAGAUGCGCAUAGACGGUGGCAUAAGGCGAAUGAGAUGGCUAAGUGUUAUAUGUUGGCCUCCAUGUCAACAGUGCUUAGACAUCAGCAUGCCGCCAUGGCGACUGCCGCUGAUAUUAUGCAAAAUCUCACAAAGUCUGCCCCCAGCUUUCAGCAGUUCAAGCUCAAUUUUGAGAUGAACAAGAGAAAUUACACCUUGGCUGAGUUGUUGACUGAACUUCAGUCAGAGGAUCUCAUGAACCAAGCUAAGGCUGCGAUGGUGACAAGACGGCUAUAUGAUGGAGAGAUCGAAGUCCAGCUGGGCGACGCUACUAAAGUGGCGGUCGUCGCAGUGGGAGGCGUUUAUUAG